CUGAAAAAGAGCUAUACAGCUCAGUGGGCCUUACUUUUGUAAAAUAUAAAUAGUUUAUUUUUUUCAAUUGGGUGUACAGUGGAGGCAGGUGUAGCAAUAUUCCAUGUACCGUAUUCGAACCUGCCACAUCUAUGCUCCCCGCAUUCACCAACUUUCACUGACAAAUAUGGGGAAGUAUGGCCCAUUAAAUCCAGCACGGCAUGGGGAGGCACUCGUCAAGCAAUGGGUUGGCAAAGGGCUGAACAUUCAUUUUGUGCGCGUGUUUUACAUAUUUGUCAACAGUAUUGUAUUGCAAUGAAUGAUGCCAGUCGCUGUAUAUUGCUUCUUGUUUGUGCUUAUGCAUAUGCACAGUAUUGUUAAUGUAUUGUGUAGACUCCCACAUUGAGCCAUCUGUCUGUUGAGUCGUGUUUCUCACGCUAGAGGAUUUUAUUUCGACCGUUUGUAGGCGACAGGUUUUUUUUUUAGAGACGCAACAGCAAAAAGUCUAAUAUAUUUCUCUCUCGCGGCAGGCGCGUUCUUAUUUUUAAUAAGCGUAACAACCCUGGGAGUUAACGAAAGGGAGCGUCUCACACGGAGAGGAAGUCUUUUGCUAAAACAAAAACAACUCGCCACACAUGUCUGUCUGUCUGUGUGUUGUCAUUGUUGCGUGCGCUGCCAUUGGCUGCAUCCUUGCCAGCGCGACGGCUUCCCCUCCGCUCUCAUUGGAUGCCCGCCAGUGGUAUGUUUUAGAGAGGGCGGCGUUUUGAUUUUUAAUUGUAUUCCCUUGGCAUCUUCCGAAAGUCAUCAUCAUCCUCAUGUCAGCGCUCUGGACUGCUGGGAAGAGUGGACGCUGUUUUUGCAUAAUGUGGUCGUGUUUGUAGGUACGCUGAUCUUGCCAUUUUAGAGGGACGGAUGUUUGGAGACGUGCGUCCUCUUCUAGAAGAUGCCAUCAUCCAGCAGUGGAUUGCCCAUGGCUGAUCGUGGUGAUGAUGAUGAUGUAGGGCACUGUCGUUGUUUUUGAUUAUAACCAGUGAAAAUGUUUAGCGGCAUAUACUACGGUGUAAACGCACCCACAUUUCAAGUGUCGUUGAUUUAGCCACAGAUAUAUGCGCCCCCUUCUGGAAGAUGCCACUAAAAUGCCCCCCCCCCCCCCUACAAAGGAGUGUAGUGGUUGUGAGUUUUGGCAUAUCGUCAACUGAGAAUGCAGCCGCCAGGAACAUUUCAGCAGUGCCACUUUUUGUUGUUGUUGACAUCGGUUCCUCGUUAUUCGCGAGGGUUACGUUCGGGAGACACGUGAAUAGCAUAAUUCGCGGAAAAUAAUAUUGGCCUGUGAAAAUCUAUAUUUUUUCAUGAAUCGCCUUAAAUAAAUAUAUAAGUAAACUCCUAAACAUUAUGCCCGACAAAAAUUGGUUAUAAUAAACGAAGUAAGGUAAAUACAAUUUUCACAUUAAAGUAUUUAAUAAGUUAAUACAUUGACCGUAGUUUAUGAUGCUGCUGCAUAGUAGCACGGUUUACUGUGUUUCACAUACCGUUUAAAUUUAUUCUUCAAUAUUUUUUUUCUAACAUGCGUCCAUGUGGAGCGAAUGCGAUCGGCAGCGGUUUCGUCCGGGUUCAUAGCGCCUCUUUAUGGUCGCGCAUUUCGCCGUUUCGAGAACGCACGCAGGUCCACGACAUCGUGCAAACAAACUAUCGAUGAAAGGCAGUGGGGCCUGUCAGCAUACGGCGUUGAUGGGCGGCGAUUAGGAAUAAUGAUGGAGCGAGGAUGGAUUAUUGCAUCGCAGGAAUCGUGUGAGGUGGUGACGGCGGCAGCUUUGGGAGGCCUUCAUCCAGCAGUGGAUUGGCUGAUCACGGCUGAUCAUGAUGAUGGUGGCGAGAUAUUUGUUUUGAGUCACCAGUAAAACAAAAACUCUCCACCGGUGUAUACCGGACUGCAGCGUAAAAUGCACCCGGUGCAAAAGUGUUGUGGAGGGGGUGGGGAAGAAACACAAAGAGCUUUGUGGAAUAAUUUUGCUCUCUCUUUGGCAUAAAAGGCUCCGAAACCCCCCCCCCCAAACCCCCAUGUGUUCCGUGAGAAGAAUAACGGUUCGUUUAAACACGGAGAGCUCAUCAAACAGCGGCGCAUGCCCACUCAUCCAUGCACCAAUUGUAAUAUUCAAUCAGCUGUUCACAAAGCUUGCUUGAUUCAGUCCCCAGGACACUUUACCAGCAUUGUGCCUGCACGUAAUCCUCUUAUUCUUGAGGAAAAACUAAAUGAAAUACUGUCAAUAAAGUGAAACAACAGGUGUGCAUUCUGUUAUCCAUUGAAGUGCAUGAAAGUGAGACUUUUUUUUAAAGGUGUGCCGCGUAAUUUACUCCCCGGACGUGUUCGUGUAAAGAUUGCAAGUUUUCCGGUAAUUACCAUUUAUCAAUUUUACUGGUGUCCUCUGCAAAACGUAAGUGGCUUUGACGGCGGCGUGAUGAUAAAAAAACACUUGAAUUCCUUCUCAUUCCUCGUGCGUGUCGGCCGAGACGUUAGCCGCUGUCGCCUUUGGCCGUACGAUCUCUGACUGCGGUGGAUGAAACGUGCGACGAACUGCAAGCCGUUUUUGUCCACCUCUCUGUAAAGUGUUUACCGGAUGGUCACAAUCAAUUUAGGCAUCCCCAUCUGGUGGCUGCUUAUAUAUGCAGUGGCGCAGCAGGGAAGCAUUAUGCAUGUGGAUGUUGGUGUCGUUUCGGUCGAGUUUCUCCGCUGUGUGGCCUCGACUCAGCUGUAGGUCGGGGGAUGCCGUACUAGCUGUGGGUUAGUUUUGGAUUUCCUUUAAAAGAUGCAAACUGCCAAACAAAUGUCCUCUUGCCUUGUACAAAUGCACCCAGGCACUCUGCCGCAUGCCCACAUGGCAAUCGUUUUUUUUGUUUUGUGCGCUUCAGCAACAUUACUGCAGUGAUAUAUUCCAAGUACAGAUAUAAUGCUUCGGACUUUUUCUUUGGUUAAGCCUGGCUCUUUGCUUGCCUAAACAAAUGCUGCUUAAUGAUAUUGGUCUUGGAAGCCAAUAGAGUGAUGGACAAACACAAUUUAUUCAUGUGGUGGCACGGAAUGGCGUUCUGACUGUUUAUCUUCUACAAACUUUAAUUGUUUUUAUUCCUAUGAGCUGAUUGUUUUUUCUUUUUUUGGAAUUUAAUCUUCCAUGAAGCAAAACAGUUAGUGUUUAACGUAGACCAUAGCGUUUCUGGGGGAAAAAAAACCCAUACCGGAUGUAUAAUAUUAAACGAUAUCCAAAAGUGCUAUGGUAUUGAGUAGACACAUUGAUCUGGGUCAAAACUGCUGUCAAGCAAUACUUGGCAUAUGAUCAAUGGUGUUCAAUCUGUGUACAUUACACGCGUAAUAUGGUGGGUUGGCGCGCCUAUCGCUGGGCUGGUUUGUAUAGCAUUGUUUAUUCAAGAUCCUAUAGUUAGCCAUUAUCUUCAGCUUAAAAUCCCAGUAGCAAAUGAGCUGAAUAUUAAAAGUGGAUAUUUUGUUUUUUCACAGGCUAUUGUGAACUCGUGUCCUCAAUUGGAGAAUUAUUCACAAAAGGUCAAAAUAAAUUAUUAAUAGCUGUCCUUUCUAAGGCUAUCCAAAAACACCCUUGUAAAUGAGAUGAUUAAUAUCAUUAGGUUCCUACGUGUUUAAAUAAAGAACAUCAAUUAAUCAUAUAUGCCAUACUCAUAACCUACACCGCACUGCGUGUGUAUGCAUGUAUACUCGUGCAGAAUUAUAGGUAUACACACAAAACACACGCAGGGACUUGCAGAGUGUGUCGUUGUACUUGGACUUAUAAACAAAUUAUAUUUUACAUAUGUAAAAACACUAGCGUCUGUAAAUCUUAACGAUAUUCUUCAAGGGCUAUAAAUAUGACAAUUUGCACAAGUAUAAUUAAGUCUGCUUUUAAUUUGAAAAAUUCAAACGCAAAAUAUAUCUUUUUAAAAUUGGGCACCCAAAUAUUUAUAACCCGGAGCCUUGAAUGGUUUAAUUUGUAGGAUGGGAUCAGCUUGAAGUUCUAAUUGCUUCCAGUAUUGUGCUAACUGCUUUAAAAAAUAUGAUUCUCAUGAUGAGCGACCAAAGUAAUUAUUGGUGUGAAAGCAAAGUCGAUGGAAGGCAGACUGUACAUGUCCAGUCCUUGGUCAAUCCACUGCUGGAUGAGGGCUUUCCCAUGCUGGUUGUGGGGGUUUAUUUGUUCAUACUUCACUACACCGAUCAGGGGUAAGUUUGUGGCGGCAGGAAGCGCAGUCGCAGGACUGCAGAGGGACAGCACAACAAUGGAUAAUGCAGCUCUUCCCGGUUACUGUGCUAUCAAAAUAUAAAGAAGGCACGAUGAAAGGUGAGUGAAAGUGAAACCGCAGCGCUCACAAUUGCCAGUGGCGGCGUACGGUGCGAAAGAAGUUCAACAUACAGUGUCCAAGAAACUCACCGUCGUUCUUUCUUUUGGCCACUCCACCUCUGUGUCCACCACCAUCACAGUGUGCCCUCCACUCCAUCUUCCACUUAUAGCCAGGUGUGGUGGCGCAUGCUCAUAGUCCAGCAGGCUAUAUUUGUGAAACGUAGCGCCUUCUUUCACGAUAGCAUUUCCGUUGUUAAAAAAAUGGCACGAAUGCCAAAUGUACAAUUUUUUUAAUCAUGAUUGUUAAUAACGUCCUCGCGCGUCCCAUUCGUUGUUGCGCCAGCGUCGUUUCGUUUACCCGUCAUGUGGGAUGCCAACGCAUCGGGCACCGUUGCAUUCCUUUCACGACGGGACUGGCGGUACAUUAUUGGCUGGGGAGUAUCUCGGGCGCUGUUUUUUUUGUGUGUGACGCCCUGCUGCGCCAGGUGCGACGUGUUCACCUCCCGUGGCUCAGCCCGCUCGAGCAGAUUUUUGUUUGCGCCGCUUUAGCCAUCGCCUUGAUGGGCACACGUCCAUUCAAACCUUCGACACCUCCGACACCUCCCCUCCCGUGCCCAAUUUCCCCUGCUCGAAGCAUCCCCGAUCACCUUAGCCCAUCGAAAAGCGUUUGCGCACGGGGAACAAAUCAAUCGAUUGUUUUGCAGUCGGAGAGACAUUGGCUGGCAAGUUGUAUGUGUCACUCUGCUUCCUUUGCCCGUCCCUCUUGCCUGUGCCUGCUCAGCCCCGUCAGUGCCAAUACUAAUUGGUACAUUCUGGCAUGCGACACUCACUGGUGAUCUGCGUGCUGGGAGCAAGAAAAUGAGUUGCAUGUUAUGGGAAUUCUGGACGGUGGUGGCUGGAGUUGGGUUUUAAAAUACGAAUUAAUGGUGAACUCAUCAACUGGAAAUCAAUGGGAAAAAAAAUCUAUCUGUUUUAUAAUAAAAUAACGUGAACGUAAAAUAGGUUACACGAAUAUAUUUUUUAUUCGUGCGAUGACGUGUUUCUGCGCUUGGGUUUUUUGCGACCGAGAUCGUCCGAGCUCUAAACUCCGCCCACCCCCUCCAGUCGAAUGGUCGCGUCCACAUCCUCAAACAGAUCGGGCUUCUGCUGUAUUCGUGUCAGUAGAAAAGUAUACGCCGGUGUAUAACGACGCAUCAUUAACGCCUCUCCAAAUAGGGGUGCGGAGCUUUUGAGUUUUUUUUUAGUUGAACAUUAAUAUAAAAUACGUAUUAAUGUUUUGUUUUCCAACAAAGUUGCCCAGUGGUCCGUGCUGGUCUGUACCAGUGGUAGGUCGCAGUUCCCACGUGCAGUGAAGCCCACUGCUGCAGGCGGCUCUGACGUUAGGCAGUGGGACCGGGGGGGGGUGCUAACGACACUGCCGACUCCCAGGUGCCGACCGUGCAAACAGAGAAAAGCGAUGCGCAGGCCGGCGUGCGGAAAAGUUCAAGUGCAACACAGUCAAUCUCCGUCCCGCUCUGAGCAGCAAUUGUUGGGGUCGGGUGGCAUAGCCGGCUCUCUUGUGGGGCAAAGGCGCUUCGUCCUCAAAAGAUUUGACUCGUCAACGGAGACAAUAGGCAGGGCAAGUGGUGGCACCCCCAACUGCUCCCCGACCCUGGGCCGGCGCUCCCUGCCCGAGUCCCGGCCCCCAACUCCGCAGCUAUCCGAGCCGCGCCCUCCGACCCCGCAGCACCCCGCUGACCUGCGACCCCCAACCCCGCAGUUUGACCUGCGACCCCCAACCCCGCAGGCUGACUGCCGACCGCCGAGUCCCCAGCCCUCCCCUCGCGACCUAAGGGGCGGCGAGGGGCGGCCGGGGACCCCGCGACCCACCGAGGCGGCGGCGGCCGACGGGAGCGGCAUGGUGGAGAAGGGCUCGGAGGCGGCGGCCUGCAUCGCGGACCGCUCUCCCACGGGCAGCACGGCCGGAGUGGCCGCUGUCGCCGCCAUCGCCGCCGCCGCGGCCGCCGCGGCCGCCGCGGCUUCGGCCUCGUCGACAGCCUCGCCCGGCGGCAGCGACGGGCCCGGCGCCAGGCUCAGCUCCACCUCGUCCGGCUCGUCGCGCAGCGGCAAGGGUAGCAAGAAAAGUCAGAGCUGGUACAAUCAGGUGUUAAGUCCAACGUACAAGCAGCGGAACGAGGAUUUCAGAAAACUCUUCAAGCAGCUGCCCGAGUCCGAGCGUCUCAUCGUAGACUACUCCUGUGCACUGCAGAGGGACAUCCUGUUACAAGGCCGCCUCUACCUCUCUGAGAACUGGAUCUGCUUUUACAGCAACAUCUUCCGCUGGGAGACACUGCUGACGAUACGCCUGAAGGAAAUCACAGCCAUGACUAAAGAGAAAACAGCAAGGCUAAUACCCAACGCCAUCCAGAUAUGCACCGAGAAUGACAAGCAUUUUUUCACAUCACUGGGUGCACGGGACCGCACUUUCAUGAUGAUGUUUCGACUGUGGCAGAACGCUCUGCUGGACAAGCCGCUCUGCCCGAAGGAGCUGUGGCAGUUUGUGCACCAGUGCUACGGCAACGAGCUGGGCCUAACGAGCGAGGACGAGGACUACGUCCCUCCGGAUGAUGACAUCGCCACCAUGGGGAGACUGUGCAGCUUCGUGGAGGAGCUGGUCGGGGAGGACCCGGACCUCAACGACUCCUCAAAAGCCACCAACGACUCUCGCUCCAACCCCAGCCCCCGGCUCUACCACAAGUACAACUCCUUCGACACCCUCGCGAACGGGGACGGGGACGACCUGGGCUCGGGCGACGGGCAUUCGGAGCGGGGUUUGGGCGGCGGCGACGUGCCGAUGCCCCAGACGCCGUCGCCGCCGUCGCUCGACAUGAACACCAACGAGGGUAUCCCCACGGAGCUCAGCGACUCCUCGGAGACGUCCGACGAGCACGCGCCGUGCGAGGUGGACUGCGGCAUGGGGGACUUGUCGGGCCGCGUCGUCGUGAACGCCGUCUUCCACCUGGGCGCCGACAAGCUCUUCGACCUGCUCUUUCACGACCCCGAGUUUGGCCGCAACUUUGCCGAGUCUCGCAAGCUGCUGGAUUUCUGCGUGCAGCCGUGGAGGAAAGAGGCCACGGGUCACAUGACGCGAGUGCUCACCUACGGCGUGGCGAUGUCCAACCCGCUCGCGCCAAAGUCGGCCAACGGAACGGAAACACAGACUCUGUACAAGAACAGCCGGGAGGGCGAGUGCUACGUGGUCGACGCCGAGAUCUUCACGCACGACAUCCCCUACCAGGACUACUUCCACACGGCCCACCGCUACUGCAUCCUGCGCAUCACCAAACACAAGUGCCGACUUCGGGUAUCUUCAGAGAUUCGCUACCGUAAGCAGCCCUGGGGUCUUGUGAAGACCUUCAUCGAAAGGAACACGUGGAAUGGCAUCGACGAUUAUUUCCGGCAUCUCGAGUCGGAGGUGGGCCGCGCGGAGAAGCUGCUGCUGGCCGUCGAGACGGACAAACCACUGGGGCUGCGGCGGCGCAAGCGCCUGCUGCACCGCGUCGGGGUGGCGGCCGCAUCGGCCGCGUCGCCCGUCACCACGCCGACGGACGAGGACAUCGUGGACCCUCGCCGCAUCGUGCCGGGGCCACGCGCCUCCACCGGCUCCAACACUUGCCGGGUUCUCUACGACGACAGUCGGCAGAGGCGGGACGCCGGGAGCUCACCGCUGUCCCGCGUGCUGCUGCUCAUGGCGUUUGUGAGUUUCUUAAGCCUCCUGGUGCUGCUGUGCCUCAACGGAGUCCUCUUCUACAAACUCUGGGCCCUCGAGACGACAACGCAAAACCUCCAGCUCUUGCAGAGCCUCAGGAGGAGUAGCAGGGCGCACGUGCCGCAGUCGGAGCGCGAGUGGGCGCGGGUCAUCGAGCAGCAGCAACGCGCUCACGAGGCUCAGCUCGGCAAGUGGAGGGAGGCUCUCAAGCUCACGCUGUCGCACAUCGACCAGCUUCGUGAGUCUCUGGCGAGGCUGCACCGCGGCGUUCACUCUCCGGACUCUUCCACUCCGUGGCGGGGAGGGGAUGAAGGUUCCUGAAGGCACCUGAAAUUUACAAACAACAAGAAUGUUAAAAAAAAACAUGCUGAAGGAAAAUGAAGAAAAAAAACACAAACUGCUCUUCCUGUGAAGAAAACAUGGAACAUGUGCAAUUUACAUUUUACUGUAAUCCAAGUUUGGAAGUGAGGGAAGCGGCCAAUUGGAAGUUAUUGAAGAUCGCUGCCUCCCACCAGGGCGUCUCUUUGUAUCCAUUCAGCCAGGCAACACGCGGUGGUAACCGGAGGAGAGAGGUGGGAAACUUGAAUGUAUAAACAAAAAGCAAGGACAUUUUCUUUUCUUUUUAAACACGAGUGAACCUGUUGUAUAGUUGUUUGACAAACGGUAUAUUUUUAAGGGGUUUCUUUUUUUAAAGCCCAAAUCUGUCCCGUUUUAAUUUCCCUAUUUUCCAGACUCUCUUUCUUUGAGAAUGGUUCCUCAGCAAGGAACACAGACACUUUUGUCGAUCAUGGGAAGGUUCAUGGAAAAAAAAAUACAUUGAAAGGGGACGUACUUAUUAUCAAUAUCAUUGAUUGCGACGUCAUAGAUUUGUUAAAGGUGUCUUCAACGCCUUUCACGUCGAAUGUUUCCUGUGAAACCAUUAACGAGUGGCGCUAAAGAUAAGGACAGGAUGCGUAGCCCCGUAGCUUAGAUCGUAGGCUCGCACACAAACCUGCCUCACAUCUGUGGAACU